AUGGAGCCAACGUGGAACUCCUCCCACCCACCUCCACAGCUCAUGUCUAACAUGUCUGCCUCCUCUCUGCCUGAGGGCUGGGCUCUGUCCCAGUCACUAGCCCUGUUGGCCAUGCUAGUCAUGGAUCUGCUGGCUGUGGUGGGUAAUGUGGCUGUCAUGGCAGUCAUUGCCAAGGCCCCACAGCUCCACAAGUUUGCCUUUGUCUUCCACCUGUGUUUGGUGGACCUGUUGGCAGCCCUGGUGCUGAUGCCCCUCGGCAUGCUCUCGAGCCGAGUCUUCUUCGGAGAGGCCCUGUGCAGGAGCUACCUCUUCCUCAGUGUGUGCCUCGUCAGCGCUGCAAUCCUUUCUAUCUCUGUCGUCAAUGUGGAGCGUUACUACUACAUCAUACACCCCAUGCGCUAUGAAGUAAAGAUGACUGUUGGCCUAGUAGCUUCAGUGCUGGUGGGGAUAUGGGUCAAAGCUCUGGCCAUGUCAGCUUUGCCACUGCUCGCUUGGUUCCUGCAAGGUGGAAGAACUCCUCUACUAGAGGGUAGUGGGGUUGGCGGUGGAGGAGGUGGGGCUGUUCCAUCUCCCCCUGCUCAGGGUCACAGGCGCUGUUCUCUGCAUUGGACAGGGGGAGGAUCAAACCGUUUGGCCUUCAUGGUCCUCUUUACUCUGGUGUAUUUCCUGUGUCCACUACUGGUGAUUCUUGUUGUGUACUGCAAUAUGUUUAAAGUGGCUCGGGUAGCAGCCAUGCACCAUGGGCCUCUGCCUACCUGGAUGGACACACCUCGGCGUCAGCGGUCGGAAUCACUUAGCAGCCGCUCUACGAUGGUUACCAGCUCUGGUACAGGGACCAGGACAGGAAGAGCAACUCCGCAGCGCCCCUUUGGGGGAGGAAAGGCUGCAGCAGUGUUGGCAGCAGUGGGUGGACAAUUCCUUUGUUGUUGGCUGCCCUACUUUACUUUCCACUUGUAUUCAGCACUGGCUGCCAGCCCACCAGCCAUGCUGGCCUCUCUGGAGGAGGUGGUCACCUGGAUUGGCUACUUCUGCUUCACCUCUAAUCCCUUCUUCUAUGGCUGUCUUAACAGACAGAUCCGGGAGGAGCUGGGCAAGCAUCUGCCUUGCCUGUUCCGUCGAGCAGGGUUUGAAAUGGAGGACAGACUUCCCAGCCGUGAAGGAUCCAUAGAAGAGAAUUUCCUUCAGUUUCUUCAGGGCACUGGCUGUAACUUGGAUCCUCAAAACUCUCACAGCACCUCCAGCCCCAAGGGGGAGGCGUGCUGCCCCAUGGCUCAGUCCCAACCACCUGAGCCAGCACAGCCCAUACCCAUUGAUUUCCGUAUUCCUGGACAAAUUGCAGAGGAGACUUCAGAGUUUAUUGAGACUGAACAGGUCAAAAACAACCAUAUAUAUACUGACAAUUAA